AUGUCAGUUCGGAUCCUGCAGGCUAUUUUUAAUCCUCCAGCUAUUUCAGAUUGGAUUUUGCAGGCUAUGUCGAAUUCUCCACCUAUUUCAGAUCGGAUCAUGCAGGCUAUGUGUAAUUCUCCACCUAUUUUAAAUCGGAUCAUGCAGGCUAUGUGUAAUUCUCCACCUAUUUUAGAUCGGAUCAUGCAGGCUAUGUGUAAUUCUCCACCUAUUUUGGAUCGGAUCAUGCAGGCUAUGUGUAAUUCUCCACCUAUUUCAGAUCGGAUGAAGCAGGCUAUGUGUAAUUCUCCACCUAUUCCAGAUCGAAUCAUGCAAGCUAUAUCGAAUUCUCCACCUAUUUUGGAUCGGAUGAAGCAGGCUAUGUGUAAUUCUCCACCUAUUUCAGAUCGGAUCAUGCAGGCUAUGUGUAAUUCUCCAUCUAUUUUAGAUCGGAUCAUGCAGGCUAUGUGUAAUUCUCCACCUAUUUUAGAUCGGAUCAUGCAGGCUAUGUGUAAUUCUCCACCUAUUUUGGAUCGGAUCAUGCAGGCUAUGUGUAAUUCUCCACCUAUUUCAGAUCGGAUGAAGCAGGCUAUGUGUAAUUCUCCACCUAUUCCAGAUCGAAUCAUGCAAGCUAUAUCGAAUUCUCCACCUAUUUUGGAUCGGAUGAAGCAGGCUAUGUGUAAUUCUCCACCUAUUUCAGAUCGGAUCAUGCAGGCUAUGUGUAAUUCUCCAUCUAUUUUAGAUCGGAUCAUGCAGGCUAUGUGUAAUUCUCCACCUAUUUCAGAUCGGAUGAAGCAGGCUAUGUGUAAUUCUCCACCUAUUUCAGAUCGGAUGAAGCAGGCUAUGUGUAAUUCUCCACCUAUUUUAGAUCGGAUCAUGCAGGCUAUGUGUAAUUCUCCACCUAUUUUAGAUCGGAUCAUGUAG